AGAUUUAAUUAGAUGUCAUUAAGUGGCGUCACGAGUGUGUGUCUAUCCUGAUUGGUUGUUGAAUCGUGACAUAAACGAAUAUCACUAUUUACCCACGAUGACGUCACUUGCACUUAUUCUAUUAUGAUAACUAUGACGACUUUAAAAUAUUUAAUUAAAUUCUGCGCAAAUAAGAAUGAAGAUCGGUUCGAUUGUUUGAUACAAGCAUCAAUGGUGCCGAAGUACAUGUGUUUUUACGUCUUUAGGUACACAAAAGAUGACGAUCUGAAAAAGGGGAAUUACAAAAUAAUAUCAUAUCAAACAUUUGUUGCAGAUAAUAUUCCUCCUGAUUUCCACUUAUCUUAAAUCUACACAAAAGUAAUCGUGUUGUAUUUUGCAGAUCAAACAAAUAAUUAACAAGCACUGAUACAAAUUGGUUUUGUUAUCGAAUUCAAAAACUGAAGAAUAAAAAGGAGAAAGAGCAGUUUAAUCGAACAUUUUGAUUGGUUCAUCUAGAGUAUUUACAACUUCCUAACGCUUAUAUUCUAAAUAGAAUGAUUUCAAUUCGAAGUUCCGAGUUCUUAUAAUAUAGUGCUACAGUUCCGAGUACUUACAAAAUUGUAAAGUUAAUUUUAUUUAUUUUUUAAAUUCUUGUUUAAUUGUUUCUAGUAUCCAGGUUGCUAGAUAUUUUUAAGCAAACUGAAAUAAAUAUUUAAACUCAGCAAACUUGGAAAUCUAGGGGAAAAAAGCACAAAGAUGACAGAUGAGAUAAGAUUGGUAUUUGUGGGUGCACCAUUGUUAGACAUCUGUGCUAAAUGUGAUAAAAACACUCUAAAAAAGUUUGGGUUGAAACGUGAUGAUGGAAUCAAAGCUAGUAAAGAACACGAAGAACUUAUUCAACAGCUCUUUAAUGAUUCUAACUCUGAGUUGUCAGCUGGAGGCUCUGCACAAAAUUCAGCUCGCAUUGCGAAGUGGAUUUUGGGAAGUAAAUCAAGAGUUUCUUUCAUUGGUUGCACUGGAAAUGACUCUUUCGAAAGAUGGUUGAAGGAAAAGCUUAUAUUAGAUGGUGUUGCACCACUAUAUGUGCAAAGUCCUGAUUUAAAAACAGGUAUUUGUGCUUGUCUGAUUAUUGACGAAUCUGAAAGAUCCAUGAUUUGUCAACAUGAAGCUUCAGCAACUCUCCGAGCAGAACAUCUAGAAAUCGAAGACAUCAAACAUGACCUCGCUAAAGCUGAUAUCAUAUUUGUAGAGGGAUAUUUCAUAGCCCACUCACCAGAUGUCGUGCUAGCCCUAGCUAAGAUGAAAACGUCGAAACAGGUGUUUUCAUUGAGUCUUUCGGCUGAAUAUAUUUGCAAGGAUUAUUCAGAUAUUCUUUUGAAGGUUCUACCGCGGGUCGACAUUCUGUUUGGAAAUGAGGUCGAAUUGAAAGCCUUGGCGACAGCCUUGGGUGCGCCUCUCUCAAUUACAGUUAUGUUUUAUCUUGGAACCUACGGCAUUGCAUUUCAGUCUAUUUUACUCCUCGCAACUCUUCUCCUGUUUUGGGGUGCUAUUAAGGCUGUUCCACCACUUUUGCUCCCCUGGCUCUGCUUUUCACCAUUUAUUAUAGUAGCGAUCACUAUAAAUGUGGCGAUGACUCUAGAACACCAUUCAGAUCUAGUGCCGCCUUUAAUAUGCUUCGCCGUUCUGACUUCUCUAUUGGUGAUUUAUGCUGGGGCCAACAUCUAUUACCAUUUCAAGGAAUUAAUGGACGAAGAACAAAGAAUUAUUUCAGAAAAUCUGCAAGGGCAAAUAGGACCGCAAUGCAGGCGAACGUCACUUCAACGUGUGCUAGCGUUGUUUAGAAGAACCAGACCGACAAGGACAUCCCAAGAACCUGUGUUCCAACGUAGCAGUUCACCACCGAGAAUUUUAGCAAUUGGUCAGCCACCUCGCACGCAAAGAAGAUCACCACCAACAGUUUUAUCUGUGGGUCAGCCACAUCUAUGUCCACAAAGAUCCCCACCGACAAUUUUAUCAGUUGGCCAGCCACGUUUAUCUCCCCAAAGAUCACCACCAACAAUUUUAUCGGUUGGUCAACCACAUCUAUCUCCCCAAAGAUCACCUCCAAUUUUAUCAGUAGGUCAGCCACCUCUCUCUCCCCAAAGAUCACCUCCAAUAAUUUUAUCAGUUGAUCAGUCACCUUUGUCUCCCCCAAGAUCGCCACAGACAAGUUCAUCAGCUAGUCAGCCACCCCUGUCUCCACUUGUGACAGAGAGAGAGACAAUGCAGUCCAUGUUGAGCCAAACCUACGCCAAGAUGCUAAUGGCCUCUCAACCUCCGCCAAAUGCAAAACCUCCUCUUUAACACUUUUAUUUCUCCUGAAUAACCU